AUGCGAAGCCAUGCUCUUGAUCACAGAGUGAUUCAUACCGAUGGUGUAGUUGGGCAACUGCGAAACGGGGGUUUGAUGGCUUACCAGAUUGGGCAAUUAGUAGAUCUACAAUAUUUCUGCAGACACCUAGCGGAUGGAUACACGCCAGCAGGCCUUGGUCAGCAUCAUAGGAGGCAUGGAAGAUUGGCCUGGCCAAUCAAGCCAGUGACCAGGAGAAACUCAGGACUUGAAAUAUAA